AUGGCGGCGCGCACAGGAUCGUCGCUUGUCUGCCCCGGAGGGCAGCUGCAGGGAGCGAGGCGGCGAAAGAUCGUCUCCUUCGACACGGCUCCUCAGUGCUUCGCACCCCGCGUAAGCCCCGUCGCUGCCGCUGCGGAGCUCGUCCAGGCGCUGCUGGCCGACGCCGAGUCCGACAGUGACGUGAGCACGGGCUCUCCCGCGGAGUUCGAAGUCCAGCUGGGGGCUCGGGCAGCCCUGCCCGACGACACUCCGGGCAGCAUGGCAUCGUCCGUGUUCAGCGACGCCGAUGAGUCGCCGGGCGCGCAGGAGGAGGACUACCUCGAGCUGGCCGAGAUCGAGGCGUUCGCUGACGAGCAGGCCCGGCGGUUCAUGCCUCUGGUAGAGAAGCGGCGCGCGCGCCGGACAGCCACCAUGAGGGGACAUCGGCCGUGCGAAGCAGGCGGACGGCAUCACUUUCCAGCUGAAGACCUCCGCCCUGUGGCAGCGCAGAGGAGCGGCCGGGUGCAGCCUGGCGGUCCCCGGUCGUGCACGCUGCUCGGUCUUGGGGGCUGCCAUGUGAGCUUCCCCCUGUUGGCUGGGAGGCCGGCCGGCGGCAGAGGACCCAGUGGCACAGACUCAAGCAACCUGCUUGCUUUUUGA